CUCUCCUAAUCUAAGUUGCACAAUUGCACAACAUUACUGCCUAAAACAGAAAAUCAAAAUUACUCACAGUAAUACUCCUAGUAAUAAAUAUCCCAUUUCAGACAUGAUGUUAUCAUUACAAUAAACCCAGAUCCCUAAAAUUUAAGGGUUGGUGAUGUUGUAAGCCAUAGUUGAGGAUUUUGUGAAGCGCGAAUCAUGGGGGAUGAGUAUUCUGGAAUCAGAAGAUGGGAGGACAUGGAUAUUGAUAUCUUGGUGAAGAUUUUCCAAAGGAUGAACAUCUAUGAACUGACCUCUGGAGUUGCUCAUGUUUGUCACACGUGGAGAAUGGCUGCCUGUGACCCUUUGCUCUGGAAGACCCUUGACUUGACAUUGCUAAAGUCGAACUUCAUCAAAAUCCCGCUGGAGCCAUACGUGUAUGUGGAUGGUCGAUCUGAUAAAACAUUUACGCGUGUUUUGAAGAUUGCUCUGAAUCUCAGCCGUCAGAGCAUAUUGACCAUGAUUUUCCAUUUUAAUAUGUAUGUCAGCGACGAUCAACUGACAUACACGGCUAAAAGGUGCCCACGGCUCAAGCGCCUGGUGAUGCCCGCGUGGAACAGAAUAAAGAAGACAGGCAUAUGCCAAGCCAUUAAGAUUUGGAGAGAUCUGGAGUCACUCACAAUGCCUAGCAUAUCAAAUCCCCCAUACCUAAUGGAGGAGAUUUCGAGAAGCUGCAAGAAUUUUGCACAACUGAAAGUGAUGGGACCUUGCGACAUAUAUUUUGCAUCCACGCUGGCUCAAUAUUUGCCAAACCUAAAAGUUCUGAGCCUGCGUUGCUCGGUGCUGUUCAAGGAUGCUUUGAUCAUAAUCCUGGAGAGCAUGCCGGGACUAGAAGUGCUCAACAUAUCGCACUGUCUGCUCAUGGAAGUCCCUCCGCCGCCAGCGCCUAGGAGAGUCCUUAAAGCAUUGGACAAGUCUAUUCUAGAGAGGGCAAGCAGGCUGAAGAAGUUUGUGACGUGCAUGAGCGAGUCCUGCACGAUGUGCCAGAGGACGAGGAACGAUGAGGGGCUGAUAAGGUGGUACAAGUACGAGGAAGAUCUUUGGAGAGAUGAUGAAGUGAGUUCCCUUGCCAUAUAGAAAAGUGUACUAUGUAGUGUAUAAAAUUUAAGUGGUACUGUGGUUGACACACCAAAACUGAAUAAGAAUAUAUGCGCAGAUAUUUGAUGGUAAA